CACUGAUAACGAUGCCACAACAGUCCUCCGAUAUUUCUUAACUGCUGUUGACGAGUUCGGGUUGCCAUCUAGAGUCCGAUCGGACAAGGGUGGGGAAAAUGUAGACGUUGCUAGGCAUAUGUUGAGCCACCCACUACGUGGUGUAGGGAGAGGAAGCCACAUCGCUGGUAGAAGCGUGCACAACCAGCGCAUUGAACGUUUAUGGCGCGACAUGUUUUCAGGUUGCAUCCACGUGUUUUAUUACUUGUUUCUGGAUAUGGAGCAAUGUGGGAUACUGGAUCCCUCUAAUGAAGUGCAUAUAUUUGCUCUACAUUACGUCUAUGUACCCCGAAUCAACCGCAAUUUGCAAAUCUUCUCUGGCGGACACAAUAGAGCUCCGUUAAGCACUGAAAGAGGCAAAUCGCCUUUACAACUCUGGAUUCAUGGAUCCAUAACGAACAGGAACAGAGGGAUUGAAGAAUUGUGGAGUCAGGUUUGUUUAAUAACAUAAUAUUCUUACUAGAUUAAUCCCAUUAGUUAAAGGUCUGGAGAUAGAUAGUCGAAUACAAUACGAAACUGCGAUUCGCAGGGCCAUAGGAUCAAUUCCUGCCAGAGGACCUUGUGCUGCAUUUUUCACAUUCGUUCCUGGUCAGCUCUUAAAAUGUAUAUAUAUACUCACUUGGAUUACAAACCCUAACAACAGCAUUCUAAUGUUAACAAGAGACACUGACAGCUCUUUAACUCAAGACAUUUCAUUUAGGUUUAAUCACAAUUAACUACUGUAAUAAUCGUUUCAGGAAGAUGAAUACGACUAUGGGGUGGAUUGGGAUGGACCUCCACCAAGCGAACCACAUGAUGACAGGUUAAGCAUGAUUGCGCAAGUUGAAAUACCGAUUACAAAUAGUCCCUUGAGCAUUGCAAAUAACAAUUUAUUAAGUAAUGCAAUCAACCCGUUGCGAGAAAGUGAUGUUCAUGGUGUUGACAUCUAUUUAGAAGUCCUCUCUUUUAUUCAACUGAACAUAUAA